UUUAUCUAUAAAUUCCGGGACCUGAACUCUAAGAAGCCCCUUCUCCCUCUCUCGCUAUAGUUUUUCUUGGUUCAGUCUCUGCCUUUUUCAGGCUUCCCCUUGUUGGUCCUGAGGUUCUGCUUCAGUAUCCAGCCUCUGCUGCACCUCCCUUUGAGUGUCUUGAAGAACACCCACGAGCUAUCCCUGCAUCUUUUCAUGCCAAAAUCUCAAUUUUAAGAAGAUUUUGUGCUUCAGUAACUUCUGCCCACAUCCCUUGUGUGGUUCUUCUGCCUUUUGAGACCUUCAGGUACAAAUCUGGGUUUCUCUGAAGGUGGUGACAAAACCUUGGGUUCUUGCAGGAGUUUCUUUGUGGGUGUUCUCCCAAAUUUUUGCAAGAAGAGGUGCUGAGCGCCCGUAGAGGGAUCUCUCUCUUCAAGCCCUUCCCUUUCCUUCCCCACUCUCACGGAUCACCAUACCCUGGUUCUUAAUGGUUCUACUUCAUGAUACAGUUAUUAUCUGAACUCCUUCUUUCCGGGUUUAUGAUCAAUUCAACCUUGAGGCGCAGGACCCAUCUUGUUCAGUCAUUUUCAGUUGUGUUCCUUUACUGGUUCUACGUUUUUUCAUGAACUAAUCGUCAUCUCUGAACAAUCGGGGUUCUGCUGCCCUCAAGUUUACUUUUUUUUUCUAGCAGUAGUAGGAAGAAUAAAUCGAGUCCUAAACUGUAUAUAUACGUACCUAUAUAUCCAUAAAAUCCUGCUGAAUUUUCCUUCUUCAUCUGAGAAAAACAAAAUCCAUAAAGAAAAAAAGGGAGGAGAAAGAGAUAUUCAGAGAUUCAUGGCUUCCAACAGCACCAGUCCUACGAUCUCGACGACGUCUUCAAGCGGCAAUUCUGAGGAAGAUCUGCAGCAGAAGAUGGACGAGAGGAGACAGAAGAGGAUGCUUUCUAACCGCGAAUCCGCAAGGAGGUCGCGUAUGCGGAAGCAGAAGCAUUUGGAUGAUCUCAUGGCCCAAGUGACCCUCCUUAGGAAUGAGAACAACCAGAUUCUCUCCAGGAUGCACGUCACCACCCAGCACUAUCUGAGCCUAGAGGCAGAGAACGCCACCCUCAGAGCCCAGAUCAUGGAGCUCACUGCCAGGUUGCAGAGCCUCACAGAAAUGCUGGGUUACAUGCAGGACCUCAGUGGGUUCUGCAUGGACCCAGUAGAGCAGUACCCUGAUCCCCUGCUCAGACCUUGGGAUGUGCCCCUCAUGAACCAACCAAUCACUGCAUCAGCAGAUAUUUUUCAAUACUGAUACGUAUGUAUCAUCUGAUUGAUGUGCAUCUUGAGAAUUUGGGUGUAAUUUUCACCAAAACCAGGAGCAGAUGGGCGUGAUCAUCUUCUUUUUCACUUUCUUUUUCCUUCUUUUCUCUUUUUGUUAAGAGUUCAUGUUAUUGUUGCUCUUUUUCUUUGUUGUCUGUGGUGUUUUCUGGCAGGUGGGUCUUUUUUUUUUUUUUUUUUUUGGCUGUGGUUAGUCUGGUCCUUGGAGCCAAAUGAUGAAGUUGGUGGGUGUUUUCUCUGAAGAGCUGCUCUAGUUUCUUCUUCUUCUUCUUCUUCUUCUACCAUUUUGGUUGAUCUCUCAUGAAGAGAAGAUGGAAGGGUUUGUCUUGUUUAUGACAUAUAUAUGUACCUCCAUGGGGUCUACCAUAUGCCUGUAGUUGAUGUAAUGGCGUUGCUUUUAUAAUGUAAUGCAGUCUUUAUUACUGUC